CAACCGAACACGCCGUUCACGACCGCCGGACACUCUCUUGUAAAUAUUUGUACCAAGUAUGCCGUUUGCUUGAUUUUAUUUUUCGGUUUGUUUGUUUUUUGUUUUUCUUCGGUUUCGUUAUAAAUCGUUAAUAUCGAUCGCGUGUGUUGGUGUGUCCCGUUUGGUUGUGCCGCUUGUAAAUCUUGUGAGCGUUUGGUGUUUUGUUGUUGUUGUUGUAUAAAUAUCAAUUUUUAAAAUAUAAAUCGAAUGAUAUAAAAAAAAAAAAACGGAAAUAUUAGUUGGAAUUUUUCGACGUUGACACGAUGAUACCGUCGUCGACAGGAAUGUCAGCGGUUAUUACGAUACCGUUUGGACCAAUGCGAAAAACCCGUUGAAUCUCGUGACACCAGUGCUUUUGGCAAUAGCACAAGCCGAGAAGUGACAAUCUCUACGACAAAGAUGGACCCGUGGGAUGUAACGACUUGUCCUAUGCCUCACGCCAGUACGUACGGCGUGACUGUCAGCUGCACCUGUGAUAGAGUGGAAAACGCAAAAUCUUGAGUCGACAGCUGUGGUAACAGCGAGCGGGGCGCGGGUGGCCAUGAGCACGUUGACGUCCGCCGGAUGUUGGCGUGUCCGUUUUGCGUCGACAUGAAUCGCGCCGAAGAAGUGCAGCUGUUCCGCAAGUCCAGAGAAGUGUCUUUGAGGAGCAACGGCGGAGGAAGCAACAGAGCGAGCGGCAGCGGCGGAGUCGGGUCCAAUCCCAGCGAUGAGUUCGUCUUAAACGUGUUCAAGUCGAAUUCCGUAGACGGACCGGUGGCGUUGGACACGGCCGGCGAUGGCGGUAAGCAAACGCCGCUCGCCCGGCCGCAUCAUAGGCGGAUGCCCAGGUUCGGCGAGGCGCACCACAGGAGAGUGCCUACCCCGAUGAAGAAGCGCCGGAAGCCGGAUUUCGCGGACCCCCCGACCCCUAGCAGCGACGCCGACGACCCGGCAAUAGUCGAGGUGGUGACCGCGGGCGACGCUAAACCGGCGGCUCCUCCGGGCGUGCCUGACCCGUAUUAUCCCAUUUACCUGCCAAUCGAUCAGGCGUUCAAGGCCAAGUACGUAUUCCACCAGAGAAAGGGCAAAACAUUCCAGGAGAGGGUCUACGUAUUCCUGGAACACCCGUGCGGAUGGAUAUGCUUCAUUUACCACUUCGCUGUGUUCAUGGUCGUAUUAGUAUGUUUGAUUUUCAGCGUACUCUCAACGAUCGACGAAUAUUCGGGGUUUGCAAACGAAACGCUGUUUUGGAUGGAAAUAUGCCUCGUUGUGUUCUUUGGAGUCGAAUACUUAAUUCGGUUAUGGUCGGCUGGUUGCAGGUCAAAAUACAUGGGCACCUUCGGAAGAUUCAGAUUUGUCCGAAAGCCCAUCUGCAUUAUCGAUUUGAUCGUUGUCGUGGCGUCGAUUGUAGUGCUGUCGAUUGGCUCCAAUGGACAAGUGUUCGCCACUUCAGCGAUCAGAGGCAUCAGGUUUCUUCAAAUUUUGAGAAUGCUUCACGUGGACCGUCAAGGUGGAACGUGGCGACUUCUCGGCUCAGUUGUAUUUAUUCACAGACAAGAGCUCAUCACUACGUUGUACAUAGGAUUUCUAGGUUUAAUAUUUAGCAGCUAUUUUGUUUACCUCGCCGAAAAGGAUGCACCGAGCAAGGACGGCAAGUCGAGAAACGAAUUUUCCAGUUACGCCGACGCCCUCUGGUGGGGAGUAAUCACUGUAACGACGAUAGGUUAUGGUGACGCAGUGCCUCAAACGUGGAUUGGGAAAAUAGUCGCUUCAUGUUUUAGUGUAUUUGCAAUUUCGUUCUUCGCACUGCCAGCUGGAAUUUUGGGUUCAGGAUUUGCAUUAAAAGUGCAACAAAAGCAACGCCAAAAACACUUCAACCGACAAAUUCCAGCUGCAGCAAUGCUUAUACAAUGUCUAUGGAGAUGUUAUGCGGCAGACAAAUGCUUCAAUAGUCAAGCUACCUGGGACAUUUAUAUAAAAGAACCGGGACAUCCCAAAGAUAAUUCGUCGUUAAGUAAAUCUUUAAUUAUGCAAGUUGCAAAACGCGCAAGUAUUCUCAAACGAAAGAGAUCAAAAAAUAAAAUGGAAACUCCAAGCACGUCCACGGCUAAUAGCAAUAAAGAAUGCUCACAAGCUCAAAAUUUACCUCCGCCGCAUAACCCUAGGAUGGACAGCGAAGGUGAAGUGGUAUUCUACAUUGAAGAACCUAAAGCAACCACUCCAAACCGGGUCAGACGUGAAUCUAGAAGGUAUGUCAGUCAAACAAGUUCUGCAACUGAAGCCGCUAGCGAUGACGUAGACUUGGAAAUGGAGCCAGAACGAGUUACCACACUGACUGAUGUACACAGAAAUGCUAUUCGAGCUAUCAGAAAAAUUAAGUAUUUUGUAGCCAGAAGGAAAUUUCAACAAGCGAGAAAACCUUACGACGUGCGCGAUGUUAUUGAACAGUAUAGUCAAGGCCAUUUAAAUAUGAUGGUUCGGAUAAAGGAAUUACAAAGGAGAUUAGAUCAAACCCUCGGAAAGCCCGGCAGCUACUUAGCAGGAAUUGAUAGAUCGGGCAAUGUGAAGCCUAUGACGAUUGGUGCUCGUUUGUAUAGACUGGAACAACAGUUAACUAUAAUGGACAAGAAAUUGGAUCAAAUGGUGUAUUUAUUAAACGUCCAAACGCACAGACAACAGUUUCCAGCUUUGGAAGAACAAGUGUGAAUUAUUUUCAAAACUACUACUGGUCUACUCUUCCUAUAAAUAUUUACCCUACAGACUACAUCAGACCGUUUUCUCUUCCAACGCUUCUAAUUGCUGUUUGCAAAUAUUUUACACACUGUAACUUUUUUAUAUUUUAACAGGCUAUAAUCAUAUCAAAAUGCAGACCACAUGAUUGGCUUAAAAAAAAAACUUAUAAAAAAAAAUGUGUUUUAUUACGCCUCAUUUAAUACAAUUAAAACCGUUGAGAAUUAUUAUACUUUUAGACUGCUGUACAGUAAAGCAAUAUUUACAUUGUUUAUAUUAUUGAAUGAUUAUCUUAUAAUUAACUUGAAAACUAUUUUUAUAUAUACC